CUGCUCAUCUCUGAGAAAUCCAGCUCUGUCUCACCAUGGAUGCCACAGCCUGUAAUGAAUCAGUGGAUGGCUCACCCAUCUUCUAUCUGGUGGGCAUCCCCUCUCUGCCAGAGAUCUUCUUCCUCCCUGUGUUUUUUAUUUUCCUCCUCUUCUACCUUCUCAUCCUGAUGGGUAAUGCCCUGGUUCUGGUGGCCGUGGUGGCAGAGCCCAGCCUCCACAAGCCCAUGUACUUCUUUCUGAUCAAUCUCUCCACCUUGGACAUCCUUUUCACCACGACAACUGUCCCCAAGAUGCUGUCCCUAUUCUUGCUUGGGGACCGCUUCCUCAGCUUUUCUUCCUGCUUACUGCAGAUGUACCUCUUCCAAAGUUUUACAUGUUCAGAAGCCUUCAUCCUGGUGGUCAUGGCCUAUGACCGCUAUGUGGCUAUCUGCCACCCACUGCACUACCCUGUCCUCAUGAACCCACAGACCAAUGCUACCUUGGCAGCCAGUGCCUGGCUUACUGCCCUCCUCCUGCCCAUCCCAGCAGUAGUAAGGACCUCCCAGAUGACAUACAACAGGAUUGCCUACAUCUACCACUGCUUCUGUGAUCAUCUGGCUGUAGUCCAGGCCUCCUGCUCUGACACCACCCUCCAGAUCCUCAUGGGCUUCUGCAUCGCCAUGGUGGUGUCCUUCCUCCCCCUUCUCCUGGUGCUUCUCUCCUAUGCCCACAUCCUGGCCUCGGUGCUUUGCAUCAGUUCCCGAGAAGGACGGGCAAAAGCCUUCUCCACCUGCAGCUCCCACCUCCUGGUGGUGGGCACCUACUACUCAUCUAUUGCUAUAGCCUACGUGGCUUACAGGGUUGACCUGUCCCUUGACUUCCACAUCAUGGGCAAUGUGGUAUAUGCCAUUGUUACACCAAUUCUCAACCCCCUCAUUUACACUCUGAGAAACAGGGAUGUAAAGGCAGCCAUCACCAAAAUCAUGUCUCAAGACCUAAGCUGUGACAGGAGCAUUUGACCUUUAAAUGCAGCUAAUUCUGCUUCCAGGAC